GUCACUCUUUUUCCUUGUUUGUUUUUACUGCAUUUGAUCGAUUUUUGUGAGAGUUUUUUUUUUGUUUGUUUAAAAUGGGAGUUUAUUCAAGCGUCUUGAGUAAAUACCCUGUAUUACUACAAGUAAUUAAAUACUCUCUCUCUCUCUUCUUUCAUACUCGCACUAUUUUGACUUUUUGCACUAUUAUCAUAAUUCACUUUAACCCGAUUUUAUUUUUAGUGUAUGAAAAUAAAUGUUAGUAUAUAAUAUAUUGUUAGUUUCAUCUUAAUAUAUAUUUUCAAAAGAUUAAUAUUUUUAUAAGUUUUUAUAAUAUGUAGUUAAAGAUAUUGAUGGUCAAAGUUGUAUAUUGACAAGUGUGUCCAGUCAAAACGGUGCGAGUUUUCAUUAAUAGACGGUGCGAGUAACUAUUAAGAGAUUGUCCCAAUAUAUUUUUAAAUCUGUUCUUUUAACUUUUUUCAAUGCCAUGUCUAAUGUUCCAAUACUUCGUACUAAUAAGGGUAUUGUUUAGGAUUAUAAGGAAGUUCGAUUGUUAAACUUGUGAAAUUUAUGAAAUGACCACUAUUCUAGAUCAACUUAAUAUAAAUCGUAGCAUCCUAGCAUGUGAUUAUGAAACUAAUAGAGGAAGAACUAAUUACUACUCAAUUACUCACGUACUCCCUAAGGGAGUGUUUGGUAAGUUCACUGGAAAUGGAAUGGAAAGGAUUUUGAUAAGAAGGGGAAAUGGUAAUAAAAAAUGUUACCUUAAAUGAUUGUUUGGUAUUAUAAUGGAAUGGAAACAAUUAUAAUACAUUCCCUUUCUUUUUGUUUGGAAUGAUUAGUAAAGGAAUGGAAAGGAAACACUACUUUCAUUUAUUAUGCAUAUUUCUUUCAAUUGAAAAAAAAGGAAAAAGAAAAAUGAAAACAUUGGUACUGUUAAUCACAAGAUUCCUCCACUUACAAUUCUCUCUCAUCCAUUUCACACGUCUCUCUCCUCUAACUACAAGCAAACUCUUUUUUAUUUUUAUUUUCUCUUCAAUUAAUUCUGUCUUUUUCGUCUUCUUUGAUCUUUUUCUUUUUUCUUUUAUUCAUCAUCAAAAUGACAAAAUCAUCAGACCAUCAAAACUCAAAAUCAUUACAGCAGAUCAUCAAAAACAGAUCAUGGCUCACGAAGUCAUCAGCUAUUACCAUCAUCCAUCAUCACAACCGUUAAUCAUCAUCAUCCACCAUCAACAUCAAAUCGCGACCAUCAAUCGUCAUGUUCAAUCAUCAUGAAAACAAACAGAUCAAUCUCAAAUAACCCAGAAAUCCGUUGAUGUUAAUGAUGAUGUUGGUGGAUGAUGAUGAUCAAAUGCUGCAACCCUUGAACCGUUUCAAUUGAUCAUGAUGUUGAUGGUGGAUGAUGAUGAUCAAAGGUUGAUGAUAAAUGGUCAUGAAGAUAGAUGAAUGACAGGUUGAUGAGUGUUUGAGCCAAUGGAGACGGUUUUUGUUUCCUUGGGUUUUUGAGCAGAAACAAAAUGGGGGGAUGUGUUACCGUCAAGAAACGGUAAUUGUUACUUCCCAUCACUGACCAAACAAAAAGUAACGACAAUUGUUACUCGUUUCCGUUUCUUGCGCUAAAAAAUGUCAUACCAAACACCCCCUAAAUCCGUAAUAGGAGUAAAGUGGUGUAGAUUGUGGAACCACAAAAAUAGUGGCUAUAUAACUAUAUAGUGGUUUCAGUAGCAAUAGGUGGAACGGAAUAGUCUAUCAAUGUGUUAUAUCUUUGAAUUAUUGCGGUACAUUGCGAAGGACUAUGAGAGUAUGAGGGGUAAACAAUAUGAAGUAACUUUUUUGGAGUGCGUUCUAUUCACCUACCUUCAUUUAUUUUUUCUAAACUUAUCUUAUCUGAACUUCUUUAAGUUCAUCAAACUCAUUUUAGUUAUAAGUUGUAUUUAGGUAACCUUAUUUUUUCCGAAACUUAUAUUAUCUGAAUUUAGUAGAACUUUUUUUCCCUGAAAUGAGAUGAACAAAACGAUAGUUGAAACAUGAGUACAAGAUGUUGAAAACUCGAAUAAACGUAUUGAGAUGGGACUAAUGCUUAUCCAAGAAAAUGACUUGUACAUAGACUAAUCACCCUUGACAAAAUACACCAAAACUACUACCACCAAUUAGAUAACCAGAAUUCCAUAACCCAAUCUCACUUCCUUGCGCAAUUUUUGAGUUCAGAACUCAGAAUGCAUAAGGUACAACCCUAUAGAACCGAUUUUGUGCAAAUAAGGUAGUAAAAGUAGACAAAAUUUCAAUAUGCAUGGAAUUCCGUUACUUUUCUCUAUCCUCACCCUCAACCUCCUCUUCACACAACACCUACAAGCAGUUGAACUCUGUUCUCCCUUCUAUUGCAACCAAAACGUAAAUGACCCGAUCCAAUUCCCAUUUUGGGUACCCGAAAACCAAACCGCCAGGUGCGGGUUCCCCUGGUUUGGCCUCACUUGCAACUCCGACGGUCAGACACUCUUUCCUCUAGGUGACGCCGGUCACCUUAUUGUUGGGGAAAUAUCAUACCUGGACCAAAUCCUCUUGUUAUCCGACCCGAAUCGCUGCAUCCCUAAACGGGUCCUUGAAUUAAACCAUAGGUGGCCAGACUCUUUCAGGUUCUACCCUUACGGAUCACCUUACACUUUCCUUAACUGCUCUAGAACGAAUGGGACGACGCUGGACAUGAGCAUGUUUCCCGGGGAUACUUCAGUAGUUUCGUGUAUGAGUGGCGGGAAUUACACGGUGGUGGCCGCGUUCGGUCGCGCGGCCGAGGAGAAGAUGUUGGAGAGAGAAGGGGAGUGGAAAUGUGAGAUGAUCGACAGGGUAAACGCUGCGUUUUGGUGGCCUGAGAAGCAAUACGGGUACGGGUACGAUUAUAGGAACGGGUAUUAUCCCAUGGAUUUGAGUAAUGUGUAUCUGCAAGGAUCGAACACCAGACCUCUUUGUUAAAAGUUCAACGUCCAACCAUCUUAACCAACCUACAACUUGUGUUAUAUAUUCUAUAUAAAUAUUUAUGAUCUUUUUACAAUAAACAACAAAUUGAAUAGAAGUGAAUGCAAAAAAGGGAAUGAUUAUUCAAUUUAUAAAUGUACAAUUAUUACUUUUCUAGAUUAAGCCUAAAAAAAAAAAACUCAGGGUAAUAGAACGUAAUAACGAGUAAGUGGUUGAAUAUUUAUAGAACAUAUUACAUGCAUUCGGGGUAAUAAAGCGUGGAGUUUCAGCUUGGAAGGUUAUUAAUCGGCAACUAAUCUUGUGUGUAACCCCAUAAUUCUAUGACGACCUAUCAUAUACAUGGACACAUAUUUACAACAAAUAAAUCUGAAUAAAAGUCAAAAUCCGGGGCAACGCCCGGGACACACUAAUUUUAUCUGAAAUAAAUCAAACAGAACAAAACCUUGGAGAGGGACCAAUUAUUACAAUGUUUUAAACCAAAAAGUGGUUGGUUGUGGUGGUUUCCGUAUCAUCUUGAUUCUUUAUUUUAGUCUUUUAGAAUUAGUGCUAUCAAAGUAUCAAUAGGUGGAACAGAAUAGCAUAUAAGGGCACUUUAUCUUUAAAUUGUUGUGGCAUUAACUAGACGAACGUGUAAACCUAAAAAAGUUGCUAUACAUGCCCACUUUGCGACAUUAACUUAGCUCGAGACUCGAGUCGGAAUCCAGAGGGUUCAAUGUUCAUACUAACUUUCAGAUGGUUUUUUACUGUUUGAUAUGAGGAAUAGGGCCGGGAGUAGGGAUCUCUUAAUUAGUCUUACAGUCUUAUUCGAGAUCUUGAGCAAUUGGGUUCAUGUUAGCUAAAAAAAUACUCACUCCGUCUCUUAAUACUUACUCCGUCCCUUAAUACUCAACCUGUUUUGACCGGACACGCUUGCUAAUGCGCAAGUUUGACCAUCAAUUUCUUUAACUACAUAUUAUAAAAACUUAUAAAAAUAUAAAUAUUUUGAAAAUAUAUAUUAAGAUGAAGCCAACAAUAUAUUAUGCUAACAUUUGUUUUCAUAUACUAUAAAUAAAAUAGGGUCAAAGUAAAUUAUGUGAAUAGUGCAAAAAGUCAAAUCAGGUCGAGUAUUAAGGGACAGAGAUAGUAUUUCACUAACACCACAAAUUGUUUGACCAGACUCUAGCAAGCUAGACCGAUCACCCCAUUCAAGUACUUAUGGACCGUUUCUUUAUAUUAUUCCCUUUGUUCCCAAAUAAACUGUAUACCUUCUAGGUCAAUAAAAAAGCCAUUUCUUUAUGAGCUUGCAAGUCAAAGUGACUUCAUUUAGGGGGUGGAGUAUAAACUAUGCUUUGUCCAAGUUAACGGGCUAGCUUUGACUCUGAAGUUACGUUAUGAAUAAUGAUCAUUAUAUGUUAGUGAAAACUUUAGAAUGAUAAUUAUUUAGUGAUUGUUUGAUUAGCGUGAUACUGAAUAAAAAGUGAAAAUUCCUAGAAAGUGCGAGAGUGUAGACUGCUAAGACUGUAGAGUUGUUUUGGUUGGUGAAAUCAUGUGAAAUUCCACUUAUCAUACGUAGUCGUAGGAAAUAUGUAUGUUUCUGUUCACAUGAAUACAUGAUGCAUAGAGCAAUACCAACUCUCAUGUUGUUUUCAAAAGUCAUCUACAAUCUUCCGGGUUUCUUUAAAAAACAGCAACGAACUCUUUGAAUAUGAAAAACAAAGACUAAAAGUCAAAUUUUUAUGGUGGUGUUGUCAAUUUUGGCGUUUGCAAUGGGCCAUUUUCCCUAAUUGGCGUUUGCCAAAAUACAAAUUUGUUUUUAACUCUUACUCUGUAAGUCUGUAGACUCUAGUAUUACGAUUGUUAAAAAUGGCUAAAUCAUUUAUCCAAAUCAGGAAAAAGUAGUUUAUGUAUUUCCAUUAGGUGUUUCGUGUGAAAUUGAUAUGUUUUGAUAUUGCGAAUCUUUCUAAAACGAAGUUAAGUUUUCAUACAUGCUACUUCUACGUAGUACAUACUCUUCUACUUCUACGUAGUACAUACUCUGUGGCUGAUUUUUUUUUUUUUGGAUGUUUCACAAUGCUGGAUCAUUUUCCUUUAUAGUAACUUUUUUGGGAAAAAUGUCGUAAUUACCCUUUCUUCCCCGUUUAUAAAACAUUUUUUCUUUUUAACAUUUCCCCCUCUCUAAUCACAUGGGCAAAACUAUGCAACUUCAAUCACCUACCCACUUUAUUGGUUAUUGUGCAAAAAGAAACUACGCAAAUAUGGUAAAAUAAAGGUCAUAUUAAUUUCAGAUUGUGAAUGAGUAUAGUGACAUGGCCUUGAUUAUAGAAAUUCAUUGUUAGGUUAGCAACCUUUAAAUUUUGAAACAAAAAAGGAAUAUGAACUUAUCUUGGUAGGUUUUGAGAUGUGGACAUGUCAACUAAUGUGCUCUAGUAAAAUGAGUUUCACUUCACUUGUAUGUCACGGUAGGUCGGCUGAGGAGGUUUUCUUUCUGUAUUAAACGUUUUAAUUGGUGUCAUUUUGCUUUCUUAUGUGUCAUGAACUCAUGACUCACUGAAAUUGACAUCUACUUCUUGGCUCUUACCAUGUAUGGAGUAUAGAAAUGAGUAUCUAUGGAGUACAAGUGUAAAACUCUUAAUUAGAAACUCAUUGCUCCUUUUAAGUGUACGCUUAUGUUGAGGGUCGAAAGCUAUGUGAGGAUGUGUACGCAGUACGCUUCUUAUAGUGUCCAUGUUGAAGUCGAAACAUAUGCGAUGUCCCCUUACAUGCUUGUUAUAGGCAUUGAUUUUGCCACUCCAAAAGUUGGUUUCGUCACUCUUGUGACUACUUGUGACUUGUGAGAGUCAAAUUUUGUGCGAUACUCACAAGCCACAACGGCCCGGCCCACCAGACAUACCAAAAUAAAUGACUGUAAAAAUCAGAUUCUUCUGCGUGGGGAACUGAUUUUGGCACACCUUUAUGUCAGGACAACACAAUUUCACGUGCUUUCAAAGUAGGUGUGCCAAAAUCACUUUUUAGUGUGCCGAAACCCCUCUGUGUGCCUGUCUCUUUUCUAGUUUUCUUACAUUACAUGUCUUUUUACACAACUCACACCCAUUACGCAUUUUUUGACCUUUUAGAGUUGUAAAUUUGUAGGGUAGUAAUGGUAGCCAAAGGUCAUGGAGAGGGGUCAAUUCUAGACAAGCCUUUUGGAUUUUUGGAUUGUGGAUGUAGGGCAUUGGGCUUUAUAAGUUAGUACCUCUUUCUAAUUUAGGAAAGUCCAGGGUCCCGGACUUGUGCCCUGAUGUGAGACUAUUACCUGUAACUUACCAUGUACUCUGUCCGUUCCAAAACAAACUUCAUACUUGGGAACGACACGUUACACAUGUAGACUAGUUAGUUGCUAAGUGAGGAGUAAAAAAAUUGGAGUGUGUAGAAACAAGCUAUAUUACCUGGACUCCGAUAUCCAUAUCGGAUACGGGUAAGUGUCCAAGUGUCCGACACGACUAUUUUGUGAAAAAAUUGCAUGAUUUUGGUCCAAUAUGAAGUGUCGCAGUGUUCAUACCCAUAUCUAAGUGUCGAGAAUCUGACACGGACGUGGGUAUUUGUGGUGAAAUAAGAGUCCGAGUAACAUAGGAAACCGGGGGAAAAAGUGUUGUGUACAAGUUUGAAGCUGUUUCCGGGGGCACAGUUUCUGUUACAACAAUAAUUCUACUAACUGAGAUAACUCAAUAAUUAAAGCCUCAAGAACUAUGCUCUUAACUCUUAACCAUUCAUUUACAUGU